UCACAAGUGCCUGUCACAAACGUGAAAAGCACGUGGAGGUAUUUUAAGGAGCUAUGUUACAAACAUUGAUAUUAAUUGGUCAAUAACUUCGGGUUCAUUCGGAACGUUUCGGAACACCAGAAUCGUUACAAAGUGACCAAUCAGUUUACAAAACUCAUGUUUGAUCGUACAAAAAAUAAAAUAAUCCGAGUGUAUCCGAAAUCCGUUAUCGAACGAUGUUAACAAAACAAACGUCAGGGAACGAAGGAUUAAGGGACCGCCAUAUUCGUGUCGUCUAUAAUUGGUUGUUGUUCUCUAGUUGAUUGAGAUGAGCAUUGCAGCACUAAUACAAGCUGCCGAAUACUUAGACAGAAGAGAAAGAGAAGCUGAACAUGGUUAUGCAUCAACAUUGUCACUUUCUCGUGACCUCAGACACAGGAGAGCAGUUUCAAAAAAGUCACACUCACAAGGACACUUUAACAGAACAACACAUAAUGAGUUGGAAAAAAAACAGACGUGCACAUCUCCGGGACUGUAUGGAAAAUCUGAAGGAAAUGGUACCUCUCGAUCCUGACUCUAGUCGACACACUACAUUAGGGCUACUGACCAAAGCCAAGUUGUUUAUCAAAGGUCUGGAGGAGAGGGAAAAGAAACAACAAGUGCAAAAAGAACAACUCCUGCGAGAACAGCGCUACCUGAGACGUAGACGGGACCAUUUAGGAGCAGCUAUUGUCAAUCUGAAGAGAGGAGGCACCAAUGCGUCGACAUCUGUUUCAGAAAGCUCGCCAUCACAGUCAGAUGAUAUAGACAUAUUGGGCUAUAAUAGCAACCCAAGUGAUACUGACGAUCACAACAGCGUUCAGAGUAUGAACAGUGAUGGAGGCAUGGCUAUCACCACCAGGAGGCUGCCGCUGGUGAACGAAGUCACUCUGUAACAGAAUCGGAAUUUAUGUUUGUUUUCGUAAUUCAAGAUAAGAGCACGUGUUAUCAAAAAGUGUUGAUUCGAUCAAUCUUUCAGAUCAUCCAUACGGAUGGAUGAUAUAAAUGAUUGUUUGUUGGACAUGUUUUAAUAAGCUUGAUUUUAUUUUUGUUUUAAAAAACACACAAUCUCUUUAUAGAUUAAAAGUUAUGUCAGUGGUUAGAAUAUUUCUUACCGGUAUUACAUCAUAUAAAGCGUUUUUUUACAAAAAAAUUAAGAUUUUCUUUUUACUGUGGAUUACCAGUAGGAAACGACUGAGUCUUAAGUAUAUAUAUGUAUAUAACUCAAGCGGUACUCGAGAACAGUAAAUUCCUGUGCCAUUCCUCCAUUCCACACACACACAAAAAAACCGGCUUUUUUCGUCUUAUUAGUAGGCCUGGCGAUUAGGGCGCUCAACUUGCAAUCUGAGGGUCGCGAGUUUGAAUUCCCGUCAUCCCGAACAUGCUCGCCCUUUCAGCCGUGAGGGCGUUAUAAGGUGACAGUCAAUCCCACCAUUCGUUGGUAAAAGAGUAGACCAAGAGUUGGCGGUGGGUG